CUAUAUAUUGGUUAACUCCUAACCUAUCUAACCGGUCCAUACAUGAACCAACAACCUAUCUACAUGGAAACGAUAUCGUUUCCCUCAACACCCCCCGCAAGCUGACCAUGUAUGGAAUGAAUGGGCAGCUUGGUUAUAAGAUCCUGAAAGGUGGAAACUCCAACUGCCUUUGUGAAUGGAUUGGCAAGUUGAUGCGCUGUUGGAAUGUAUAUGACAUUGAGGAACCCACGUUGGACUUGAUCACGCACAAGGUGGUAGUCUAACUCUAUGUGCUUCGUGCGCUUAUGCUGGACUGGGUUCGACGCCAUGUGAAUAGCAGAUUUGCUAUCACAAUGAACCUGCAAUGGAAGCUUAAUGGUCUGAUGGAGUUCUGUGAGCAGAGACGACAACCAUUGCAGCUCACAAGUAGUUUCUGCCAGUGCUCGGUACACAGCUUCUACUGAGGAGCGGGAAACCACUUGUUGCUUCUAAGCAGCCCAGGAGAUCAGAGAGCGGCCGAGGAAAACAAAAUAGCCCGAUGUUGAUCUUCUGGUGUCAAGACACCCUGCCCAAUCGGCGUCAGCAUAGGCAUGAAGAUCCAUGGAUGACUUGGUGGAGAAGAGAAGUCCUUGAGGUGGUGCUGCCUUUAUGUAACGAAGAACUCGUUGGAUGGCUUGCUGAUGUGGUGUUCGUGGACUGGAAAAAAAUUGCGUCAGGUAAUUCACAGCAAACUGCAAGUCUGGGCGAGUUUGCAGAGAUACUGCAAACGUCCAACGAGAUUUCUAUAGAUGGUGGCUUCAUCCUCAGGGAGAGGAUCACCUGCUGUGUUGGAUAGCUGAAGACCUGGUUCGAGAGGAGAGUUGGCAGGUUUGGAGUCCAGCAUUCCCUGAUCUCCAAGUAGCUCUAGAGCAUACUUUCUCUGGUUCAUGUGUAUACCUACAGAAGAUCGAGCUAUCUCCAUUCCAAGAAAAUAUUUAAGCUGUCCUAGAUCUUUUAUGGUGAAAGCUUUGUCUAAAUGUUCUUUGACUCUAUUGAUCUCAGACAUAUCAUUUCCAGUUAAGACAAUAUCAUCCACGUAAACAAGUAAAGCAGUGUAGGAAUUGGGUUUGUUUUUAAUAAACAGGGAAUAAUCUC